AUGGCGACCCCACGCUUCAACUUCAAUGUCUCUUACUCGGAGCCCGUGAAUCGCCCUGGCGAUGAACCGGUCCUCACCAUGGACGAUGUCUGGCAGGGGAUCUUACACGGGGCACGAUAUCCCCAGGACAUGGCGGAAUACGUGGCCAACUGCGAAAUACUGUCGGGCGAAGAGCUCAAGUUCCGUCGCAGGCUGACCAUUGGCGGCGGCGGCGCGGUGCACACGGGCGCGGGCGAAGUCAUUGAUCAGGAUGUGAUCCUCCGCCCGAUGCUGAACGUUGAGGCGACUACCACCACGUCCGGCGCGACGACCAUCUUUGGAAUGUCGCAGGGGACUCAGGAGCCUCCCGAUGCCGAGCGACCUGACAUCUAUUUCACCGGCGUGUAUGAGCUGUGGAUUGACGGCGUUGAGGAUGGCAGCAAGGAGGCCGAAGGGGUCCGUGUUAAGUACGGCGCCUUGGCCAAGGGCGCAACGCAGGACGGCGUCAAGACCUUUAGACGGUGGAAGAAGGAGGGUAAGCUGGAGCAGUGGGCCAAGCUUGGGAACGGUGCCUAA